UAAACCUUUCUAUAAAUGGGGAAGCGAGAGGCAUCGCCCAUUUCCACUCCUUCCUACCCUUCUUUGCAAGACUGCAACUCUUCCUCCGCCGAUUCCGCCGCCUCUCCCCCUCGUUCACUCAGAUCUGACGCGCCUUCACGCGCAGGCAUUUCCUCCAAGGCUUCGGUGGACGUGAACGGUGAACCUCCAUCCUUCCAUCACAGCAGACAAGGUCGCUCGAAUCUCGGUGAGGAUAUGAGCAACGGCGCGGUGGAGACGUUGUCAGAGGUGUUUGAUCCCGUGGCCGCCUUGGCCCCGGAGCCGGUGCCACCUGUGGCCGGCGGCGGCGAGGCAAAUGGAGCUCACUCGGAGGAGACGAUCAGCAAAGGAGGAAAGAGAGAGAUUGUCUUGGGGAGGAACGUGCACACGACGUGCCUGGCCGUGACGGAGCCCGAGGCGAACGACGAGUUCACCGGAGAUAAGGAGGCUUACAUUGCCAGUGUUCUGGCCCGCUACAGGAAGACUCUCAUGGAGAGGACCAAGUACCAUUUAGGUUACCCUUAUAAUUUGGACUUCGAUUAUGGUGCUCUGGGGCAGUUGCAGCAUUUUUCAAUCAACAAUCUGGGAGAUCCAUUUAUUGAGAGCAACUACGGUGUCCAUUCAAGGCAAUUUGAAGUCGGUGUUUUGGAUUGGUUUGCUCGUUUAUGGGAACUAGAGAAGAAUGAGUACUGGGGUUACAUAACUAAUUGUGGCACGGAAGGCAACCUUCACGGAAUUUUAGUUGGGAGGGAAGUUUUUCCCGAUGGAAUCCUGUAUGCUUCACGUGAUUCACAUUACUCUGUUUUCAAGGCAGCAAGAAUGUAUAGAAUGGAUUGCAUUAAAGUGGCCACCCUAAUUUCCGGUGAAAUCGACUGCACGGAUUUCAAAGCUAAACUUCUGGAUAACAAGGAUAAGCCUGCUAUCAUCAAUGUUAACAUAGGAACCACUGUCAAGGGAGCUGUUGAUGACCUUGAUCUUGUGAUUAAAACUCUUGAAGAGUGUGGAUUCACACAAGACAGGUUCUACAUACACUGUGAUGGAGCGCUAUUUGGGCUUAUGAUGCCCUUCGUCAAACGGGCACCAAAAGUGUCAUUUAAGAAGCCCAUUGGGAGUGUCAGUGUUUCUGGUCACAAGUUCGUGGGAUGCCCGAUGCCUUGUGGAGUUCAAAUAACAAGAAUGGAGCACAUCAAUGCUCUCUCGAGGAAUGUUGAGUACCUCGCAUCACGGGACGCCACAAUCAUGGGAAGCAGAAACGGUCACGCUCCCAUCUUCCUCUGGUACACCUUAAACCGAAAAGGCUACAAAGGGUUCCAGAAGGAGGUCCAGAAAUGCCUCAGAAAUGCCCACUACCUAAAGGACCGCCUCCGCGACGCAGGGAUCAGUGCCAUGUUAAAUGAGCUCAGCAGCACAGUUGUGUUCGAACGUCCUCUGGACGAGGAGUUUGUCCGAAGGUGGCAGCUAGCUUGCAAGGGAAAUAUUGCACACGUGGUUGUGAUGCCAAAUGUGAGCAUUGAGAAGUUGGACAUGUUCUUGGAUGAGCUCACUGAGAAGAGAUCAACUUGGUACCAGGAGGGAGGAGAAGCCCAACCUCCCUGUGUUGCUGCAGAUAUUGGGAGCGAAAAUUGUGUCUGUGCCUUGCACAAGUGAUACAGUGACUUGUAUCGGCCGGGAAAAACUCCUUGUGUUGGUGCAGAUAUCUGGAACAUCAUGUUGUUGUCUUCGAAUUGUGUUCUUUUGAGCCAUGUGCUAGUUUAGGGCUUUGGUCCUCUGUUGUGUCCUGUGCUUUUUUUAUUUUAUUUUAUUUUAUUUAUUUUUGGCUGAAUGUUGUGCACUGUGCUUUGAUAGUUAUAAAAGAUCGCCCCUUUUCAUGUCUUAAA